GACGGCAAACAAGUGAACGAAUUUCUGGGCAUUCCUUACGCCAAACCACCCAAAGGUGACCUCAGGUUCCGGAAACCCGUUCCCACCGACAGUUGGUCUCAACCAUUGGUGGCCGACAAGUGGCCUAACGCUUGCUCUCAACUGAAUAUAUAUCCCGAAUACUAUCAAAACAAAAAUAUUAGUGAAGAUUGUCUUUACCUAAACAUAUGGUCACCGGUGAGUACUGUGAGGUCAAAGGUGACCGGACGGAAAACACGCAAAGUUAGCCAACUUAAGCCGGUUAUGUUUUACGCACAUGGAGGUGGCUUCUCUGUGGGCUCAUCCAGUCAAUUGAACUACAGGGGCGAAGUGUUGGCAACAAAGGGGGACGUGAUUGUUGUUACCUUUAAUUACCGAUUAAAUGCAUUUGGAUUCCUAUAUACGGGAACGGAUGACGGGCCCGGAAAUGUGGGUCUCUGGGACCACGCGCUGGCACUGGAGUGGGUGCACAAGAAUAUCAGAAAUUUUGGCGGAGACCCCGAGAAGAUCACUAUUUUCGGUACGAGCGCCGGUAGUAUGACUUCCAGUGCUUUAGUACUGUCUCCCAUAACUCGCAAUCUAUUCAAAAACGCUAUAUUAAUGUCUGGAUCGGCGUUGGGUGAGAUGACUGGUAAUCCGGAUGAAAUGAAACAGUAUUGGCUUCAAGUGGCAAAAUACGUGAACUGCACAGACGAUAAAUCGCCUGGCACAUUCACGCCUAAAGUCAUAAACUGUUUGAAAGCUGUAGACCAGGAAACAUUGGCUACCUAUUCAUCGGCAGUUGCAUAUCAGGCUGGAGGUGCCAUAAAACAAGUAUCUUUUAUGGUAGCCGAUGGCAUAUUUCUACCUAAAAAACCACAUGAAAUGCUAAUAUCCGGGGAUUUUCGCAAAGACAUGAAUCUAAUGAUAGGUAACUGUGAGGACGAGGGCAGUAAUGUGUUGAUGUUAUUUGCCUCCAAUUUGGGUGAAGACCCCAAGAAGUAUGACACUCACAACCCGACGCCCAUUACAUACACGGAGGCCUACAAUACCACCAAAAACCUGUUCUCGUCGUUGGCUCUGAAGCCGAGGAUUAAUGGCGAAGAUGUGGCCAAACUAUACUUCACGGGUCUGUCCGAUAAGACAUCGCAGGAUGUGGUCAGACGUAGCAUUGGUUACGCUUUCGGCGAUUAUGCCAUGACUUGUCCGACCAUUUCGUUUGCGAAGAGUCUGUACAAAACGGAUCCAAAGAGUAAUGUCUAUCAGUAUUAUUUCAAUAGCAAAAUAAGUGACUGGAAUCCACUUUGUGGGCCAUGGAUGGGGGUGUGUCAUACCAAUGACGUUGAUCAUGUGUUUGGUAUGCCAUUCCUCGACACCAAGCGUUUUGUCGAUAGGGAACGGGAUAUAUCACAACAAAUGAUUGAUAUUUUCACAACAUUUGCUAGAAAUGGUAAACCGCCGGCACAGGGAGACUCCGAUUGGCCCCAGUAUUACACAAUUGGUGACAAUACUGUUGCCCCGUAUUAUGAAGUGACAAAUUACCCGAAAAACAUCACAAAUUUCAAUACCGACCUUAAAAUUACUGAUUGCGAGAACUUAUUCAAACCUUAUGUCAAAAUAUGA